AUGCAUCCAUUUAGUCCAUUAGCAGAUAUGGUUAUUAGAAUGGAAUUUAAUAGAUUAACACAUUUAGGAAGAUGUAAUGGGAAUCCACAAGUAGGUAAAAUUAUAAUUAAACCACCAAAUCAAAAAGAACAAAUAUCAAAUGUAUUUACAUUUAAUAAAUCUACAAAAAUAUCAGAAACUUUUAUUAUUAAAUGUAAACCAGGAGAUAAAAUUGAAUUUAAAGUAGAAGAACCAGGAUUAUUAUCUAAUACUACAAUUGAUAAAUCAUCUAUUACUAUUCCUGACUUUAAAGAAGGUGAAAAAUCUGAAGAACAUUUACCAGGAAAAAAAGGAAGUACAUUUGAUUGUAAAAUUCAAUGUAUUAGAAGUGUUUAUCAUAAUGUUUUUCCUCAAUUUAUUCCUCAAGAUAAUGAUUUUAUUAAUGAAAAUGAAAUGAAAUUUUAUCUUUAUUUUGAUAAAGCAGAAAAAAUUAAAGCUGGUGAUAUUGGUGGAACUAGUACUCUUAGUGAAGAAAUUAUUUUCCAUUUGUUCGAUAAAGACACUCUCACUUCUGAUGAUCAUUUAGGUGAUGCUAAAUGGAAAAUUGACCCAUUAUUUAAUAAUCAAUGGAAAAAAUUUAAACUUCAAAUUGAUAAAAAAUGUUCUCUCUGUAUUGAAGUUAAACGUGUUAAAACUUUAAGUCUUACUUAUAAAAGACUCCUUGGUUUACCUGUUCCUUCUACUCAAUUCCAAGGUUAUCCUCAACAACAACCAUAUCCUUAUCCUCAACAAUAUCAAUACCCACCACCACAAGGUUAUCCUCAACAACCAGGUCAAUAUCCACCACAACAAAGUUAUCCUCAAUACCCACCACAAGGUUAUCCCCAAUAUCCACCACAAGGUUAUCCCCAAUAUCCACCACAAGGUUAUCCCCAAUAUCCACCACAAGGUUAUCCUCAACAACCAGGUCAAUAUCCACCACAACAAGGUUAUCCUCAAUACCCACCUCAGGCUUAUCACUCUCAAGCUGCUGGUGCUCUUCCAAAGAAAUAA